GAGCGGGGCGCGCAGAGGGGCGGGGGACGCGGGGCAGGCGGAGGCAGCGCGGGGCUCGCCGUGGGCAACCCCAAUGCGUGGACUAUCCGCUGCUGCAUUAUGCUGGAGCUACAGUUCCGCUGAAGGGAGUUUGGACGCGGCCGGCUGGGCUGGACUGCAGCGCUGCCGUUCCUUAUGAAGAAGGCACAAACUUGGAUUAUCACUUGCUUUUGUCUUCAACUACUCCUACUUAAUCCUCUUGUCAAAGCCCAGAGUUCCUGCGGGAAUCCAGUGACAGAUGAUGUGAAUGACAUUGCAAAAUUGGUUGGAAAUCUCCCAAAUGAUUAUAUGAUAACCCUUAAAUAUGUCCCGAAGAUGGAUAGUCUGCCUAAUCACUGUUGGUUGCAUUUGAUGGUGCCUGAAUUUUCAAGGAGUCUACAUAAUCUUCUCCAGAAAUUUUCAGAUAUUUCAGAUAUGUCUGAUGUUUUAAGCAACUAUUCAAUCAUCAAUAAUCUCACCAGGAUAAUUAAUGAUCUUAUGGCAUGCCUAGCUUUUGAUAAAAAUAAGGAUUUUGUAAAAGAAAAUGGUCACCUUUAUGAAGAAGGUCGCUUCAUUCCUGAGGAAUUUUUUAGGCACUUUAAUAAUACCAUUGAGGUCUACAAGAAGUUUGCAGACACAUUGGAUAAAAAUGACUGCAUUCUGCCUUCAACAGUAGAAACACCAGAGAAUGAUUCCAGAGUCGCUGUCACAAAAACAAUUUUGUUUCCUCCUGUUGCUGCCAGCUCCCUUAGGAAUGACAGCAUUGGCAGUAACACUAGCAGUAACAAAGAGGUACUUGGCUUCAUUAGCAGCUCCAGCCUGCAAGGAAUCAGUAUAGCACUGACAUCAUUGCUGUCUCUUCUUAUUGGCUUUAUUUUGGGAACCAUAUACUGGAAGAAAACGCAUCCCAAAUCCAGACCAGAAAGUGAUGAAACUACACAGUGUCAAGGCUGUCAAGAGGAAAAUGAGAUAAGUAUGUUGCAGCAAAAAGAAAAAGAACAUCUACAAGUGUAGCUGUUGCUUUUUCUCCCUCAACACUGUUACUGUUUCGUGUACUGGCAGGUAACAGUUCCAUGUUCGCUUCAUAAAUGAAGCAGCUUUAAGCACAUUCGUAUUCCUUCUGGAGUGACAGACUGAGUCUGCAUCUGUUGUUGCUGCCCAUGACUCCAUAGACAUGAUAUAGAAAUGAGGACAAUUUGUGUUUGUUACUGUGAAACCAACACUGAAUUGAACAACAACAAGAAGAGUGUGCACUUAGCAGGACACUAUCUCAUGUGAAUAUCUACCUUUUGUGGCAUUUGGGGAUUUUUAAUUGCAUUAAUACUUGCAGCUGACUUUGGCAAACAAAGUAUAAGACCUGAACAAAAAGCAUCUUUCAAAUGUCUCCAACUAUGUGUAGUCAAUGAAAGUCAUAACAACUUUUGCAUCUUUAAUUUAAGUUCUGUGUCCUCUACCUUACCUUAGUGUCUUCAGAUGGAGUUCUCUGAACUGACAGAAAACGCAGAAAUGGAUACAGGUAACAUACUCUUCAAUAUUGUACAUAAAACUUGAAAGCAAAGUCAUGCUAUGGACCCAUGUUCUAGCCUUUUACUUAUAAGGAGCUGUGUUUGUGCAUGGCAAAGGUUGUGUGUACAGCAACAUGUGAUCUCUGUUGGGUGCCAAGUGGCUGGUUACCCACCCCAGAAAGCAUCAAGAAUUCAUCAGCAUUGGUGGUCUUUGUUCAGCAGUAAAUACUGGAUGAAGAGAAAGUAAACAGGAGGUGAAUGUACCUCAUGGAGCUUCGAAGCAUUAAGAGUAACUGCUGGGCAUGUGAACACUGGAGAAAUUUCCAGCCAGGCUGAGGGUAGGGAAAGUAAAGAGUCUGAAUCGCGUUCAAACAUCAGAAUAAAGACAAACCCAUGAAAAGCAUUUUAAAUGCUGAAGAUGCAUGCCAUUGAUACCUUGUCUUUAAAUGUAUAGCAUAGAAGAUCUGAAAGAUCCUGAGAGUGUAUUUAGCUUGUACUUACAUCAGCUGUAAUUAAUGUUUGCAUUGUGUUUUACAUGAUUAGUAAGCUUUAAUAUCCUGGCAUUCUCCACUCUUAAUUCUCUCAAAACAAAACAGAAAGGCUUUAUUUUGCACUUGUCUUCCACAUCUAUUGCUGUUAUAGCAUCCAUGGAAUCUGUACAGGACUGAUGUACAGACAUGCAUUUUCAAGUAAAUCCUGAAAAUACCAUGGUAAAAGUUACAAGUGUAGUUGUGCAUCUUUUCAUCCUGGCUCUUUCCAGAUAAUGGGUAUGAAUUAUUUAUCUGUAUUAGGGGUUUGUACUUCAGAAGGUAAAGGCGGCUCACUUCAGAUGACAAACUGUCAUCUGUCAUCAAACUGACCAAGUCAGCACGAGUUUUAGCUUAAGUAGCUUGAAAACUUUAAAACAAAAAAACCACCACCCUUUUAAUGUUUUGCAUAAAGUUGGAGCUCUCUUUAAAGAUUAUCAUUACUUAAUUUUUAAAGAAAUCUUAUGGAAAUUUUAAUAAUCUGCUGAAUUUUCUGAGAACCAUGCAUAAAAACAAUAUGACAUACAUAUAAUAUAUACCUCUGUGUGGGUGUGGGGGUGUGUGUGUGUAUUAUUGGUAAAACUGAUUUAUCUUUCAUACUUACCAAAAAGAAAAAACCUCAGAACCUUACUAUGUUUGAUGACAGAGCUUAUGUGUGCAUGUAGCCACUCUGCGUGUAAUUUUGACCCUACUCAUUACAACUUUUGAUGUUGAUCUCAGUUCACUGAUACAAGCAUUUGAUUGUGGGGAACUAGUUUUUAUUUAUACUGAGGCCUUUUUGCACUUCCUGGGUGUCAGAAAAGGCUCCUCAAGACCUUCUCAGCUGGUAUAAAUUAGCAUAACCCCAUUAAUGUUAAAGAGCUUUGGGGUUUACAUCAUCUGAGGAACUCCUCUUAGACUACAUCAAAAGAAGCUUAAUGUGAGAAUUAGGCCUUCGUUUUUAUUCAGAAGGUGCUGGAGUGGCUUAUUCACCACUUAAUAAGAAAUAAUCCAGGUUGCUAAAAAGCAAGUGCGUUGCAAAUUUUAGCUCUGGAAAAAUCAAACAACAGAAUUCCCCAUCUGCAGCUCCGUUGCAUUUGACAUUGUGUAGUUAUUUACUCACAAGGCCCUCAGGCUUUGUUUUUCAAACUUAUUUAAGAGUUACCUUAAAAGAAACAUCAGUGUGACCUAAGUGAUGGGAAAUCUGCACCUUAUUGUAAUGCAGAGAAUAACUGCAUAUUGAUUUUGACAGAGCAGAAAAGUAUCUACAGUAAAUGAAAGCAAUUAUCCUUAUGCAUUUUACAAAAACCUUAAAUGCUUCAUGUUGCUAUACAAUAUCUUCUCAAAGCAAGCUCAUGCAUUUGAAGUUUUACAGUAUUUUUCUUAGAUUCAGUUAAACAAAAAUCUUGUAUUUAUUAAUGUUCUUUUCAUAAGAAUGUUAUUUUUCCUAAAGGCAUUUUUCCAGAAAAUCAAACACACAAUAAUAUUGCACACUGUUGUGCCCCAGAUUGUACUUUCAUAUUCAAAAUGCACAAUGUUUUAGGCUCCUUAGUCUACUAUUCAAUACUAAAGAAAAUAUCUGUUGUAAAAUGAAACAUAUUUUAGACAGAUAGACUACCACAAAAUGUUCACCUUCCAAGAGUAACAUCUUAAAAUAGUGCCUAAGUCACUUUCAAAUAAUGUCAGAUACUUUAAUCUCUUCUGUGGAGCAAGGUAAAUUUAAGGCUACAUGAGAACAGAAAGAAAAUUCAUGUAUAAACCUUCCAAGUUCACAUCGCAAAUAUAGUUCUUUGAAUAUGCACCAAAGUAGUACGACACAUGGAGUAGCAGAACUGUUGUUCCCACCCCCUUUUCUGAAUGAAACAUUGGGUGUUCUCAAUCAUUUUGCAAAACAGAAGGCCACUUUGUUCAUGCAGUGGAUGGCGUGGCACUUGUGAUUUAAUGUGAUCAUUAAAUUAUUUGAAAAAUUCUCUACCCAUUUUGUCUACCCAUUGAGGAGGCCCUUACUUCACACAUAGUGAAAUUUUGAAAGACUACUGACUUGAGACAUCUUUGAAAUCAAUGAAAAUAGAGUAGAUUACUGUUCAGUGGGAGUAGCAAUGGCAGAAAUAGUCCUUUAAUUGCUUCUUUAUCCAAUUUUAAGCUAUUUAACUUCUGAAGAAUGAUCAGUUUUCUGGUCUUCAUUGGGGGUAGACACAGCCCAUGCAUUGACACAGUUAGAAAAUUAAUGCCCUUUCUCUUAAAAUGAAACUGGGGAGAAGCAAGUGUUGGUUUUUUUAUACAGAAGUCAACCAAGUUUGGUUUUCAGAUAUCUGUGGUUUUGUGAGAAACUAAUAUUUUUAGGUUUCCUUUGGAGUAGUUGAACUUUGCAUGCAAUUAAUAGUGGCCUUGUGAGAAUAAAAAGCAGAUAAUGAUAUACUGAGUAACUCAAUGUGUUACUUUAGAUGUGUGUUUACUUGAAUAAAUUAAUGGUACUUAUUUCAUCACAAGGUCAUUUUAUAAAUAAGCUUAUAAAAUGUGCUAUACUAUGGAGUAUGUGUACAACCUGCACAUUUUUUAGAUUCUGAUCUUCACCAGCUAUUUUCUCUGUUGCUCUCUCUUUGUAAUACGCUGAAACUGUUCAGUGCACACAAUACAACUAUUAAAUUGAAAAGCUAACUGUAUAUAUGAAACACAGAUAUUUUGAGUUAGAUCUACAUCUAAGAAUUAUCCAACAUUCUUCAAUUCGGGAAUCUGAUUCAACUGUCUGUUAAAUGCAAAUCUACAGUAAUGGUGGCAUGUUGCUAUUAUGUUAUCAAAUUGAUGGAACGCGGAAACCUCAGACUCUUCAGUGACAGAGACACAGGCAUUUGCUGGUUGUAUCAUGGGCAAAUUCAUUUAUUUCAAUGUAAAUGUCAGCACAGUCUUGCAUAGCUAAAUUCUGACUGAAGGUAAUCAACAGUUUAUAAAAUGUGAUGUGUAUGUAUAUAUGUGUCCUUUUAAAGAUAGAUGUUUUCCCAGGUCCUUUUUUUAUACCAGUUCAAAUUUGGAAUUUGCAUUAUAUACAUAUACUUUAUUGUUCUAAAUAAAGAUAUUAUGCACUGCCAAAUAAUUAAUAUAUUGCUUUGUGUCAGUACCAUCCAAGAACUUUUUUAA